ACGACUACUUGUACCUAAUCGGAAUGAAGAAUGUCAAAAUGAUAUAAAGUACGUCUCCAAAUAACACCUGGGAUUCGAUCAACCGGAAAACAUUUCCAUUUCAAUUUUCAACCAACUCGCCAUUAACAAAAAAAAAAAGUCAAGAAUUGUUUCAUCAUUUUUAUUAUUAUCAAUCAACAAUAUAAAUAAGGAAGAGAAAUAUCGAUCAUAUAACAAUUAAUAGUGCAAUAUAUAAUGUUUACGAAAUUGUUUAACAGAAAUUCUCAACCAUCUUCUCCACGUGCUGAUCAUCACCAGGACGUUCAACAAUUGAAGGACUUUGAUCCACAUGUCGUUGUUCAUUAUGGGAUCCCAUCUACCGCAUCCAUCCUUGCCUUUGACCCCCUUCAACAGCUACUGGCUGUUGGCACACUGGAUGGCAGGAUAAAGGUGAUUGGUGGUGAUAACAUUGAAUGUCUUUUAAUAUCUCCAAAGCCAGUACCCUUUAAAAACCUAGAGUUCUUACAAAACCAAGGCUUUCUGGUCAGCGUCUCAAAUGAAAAUGUAGUGCAGGUCUGGGAUUUAGGAAAGAGGCAACUCGCUUCUAACUUACAAUGGGAAUCUAAUAUAAGUGCAUUCUCUGUAGUAUGUAACACUAAUUACAUGUAUGUUGGAGAUGAGUAUGGCUACAUGUCUGUAUUAAAGUAUGACAGCGAAGAAGGGAAUAUCCAACACAUGCCUUAUCAGCUUCCUGUAGAUCUCAUAGCUGAUGAUGCUGGGAUUUCAUUACCUGAUCAACAAUCUGUUGUGGGCAUGCUUUCCCAACCUUUUACCUCCGGAAAGAGAGUGUUGAUUGCAUAUCAAAAUGGAGUGAUUAUUUUAUGGGAUGCUUUUGAAGAUAAAGCUAUAAUUGCUAAAAGCCACAAUGAUUUACAUGUAAAGGAUGAAAUUAUAGUUCGUUCUACAAUUGAUGUUAGACCCGAGAGCUUAAAUAAUAAAUUGGUUGGAGAGCAGGCCGAGAAGGAGAUAAGUGCUCUCUGUUGGGUUUCUUCUGAUGGGUCAAUACUUGCUGUUGGUUAUGUUGAUGGAGAUAUCAUGUUAUGGAAUGUACCAACUAUGACCUCUAACAAAGAUCAGAAAACAAAUAAGUCAUCUAAUAUUGCUGUUAAGUUAAGAUUAUCUUCAGGUGACAGAAGACUUCCAGUCAUUGUUCUCCAUUGGUCAAACAGUACACACAGUGGUUCUGGAGGUCAACUUUUUGUGUAUGGAGGUGAUGAUAUUGGAUCGGAGGAAGUCCUGACGAUCCUGAAUCUUGACUUAUCAUCGGGGCUGGAAGCUCUGAAAUGUGUCAAGCGCUUAGACCUUACACUUAAUGGUUCAUAUGCGGAUAUAGAAUUGGUUCCUAAUGUUGGGGCAGCGGGAAGUAGUACUACACUUUUUGUGCUGACUAAUCCGGGACAAUUGCAUGCCUACGAUGACGAUUGCUUGUCUGGAUUAAUGUCGGCUCCAGAGACAAUGCAUGCAUUAAAUGCUGUUCAAUGUCCUGUAACUUUACCAACUGUUGAACCUUAUAUGACCAUUGCAAAGCUUUGUUUGGUUGAUGACGACGAGGGUCAGCAAAGAAUUCUCAAGGAGACAGUUUUGGCUGCAAAACCUCAGUUAGCAUCUCCUUCAACCACUGGAACUAUAAAGUGGCCUGUGAGUGGUGGCUUUCCCAGUCAACUAUUCUCAACUGAAAAUGUCGGAGUUGAGAGGAUAUAUAUUGCAGGGUAUCAAGAUGGCUAUGUCAGAAUCUGGGAUGCCACCUUUCCGGUUUUCUCACUGAUUUUUGUUCUUGGAAUUCAGGUGGAAGGUAUCGAAGUUCCUGGUGCAAGUGAACCAAUAUCAGCAUUGGAUUUUCACUCUCCAACGACUAGUUUAGCUGUCGGAAAUGAUUGUGGUCUGGUUCAUCUACUUAAGUUAGUUGGAGAAUCUGAAAAGUUAAAUAUGCACUUUGUGACAGAAACCAAGCGUGAAGGUAUUGAAUUGCACCAUAAAAAUGGAUGGCAAUCAACAGCCGUCUUUUCUCUCAUACGUUCUCCUGUACGAAGCCUGAAGUACACAUUUUCUGCUGCUAGAAUUGUUGUUGGACAUGAAUCCGGUAAGGCUGUUGUACUCGAUGUUCAGUCAUCAUCAAUACUGUUAAUUACCGAUUGUUUUGCCAGUUCUAGUUCUCCGGUUGUGUCUGUGGCCAUGAAAACAUAUUUACCAACUGACACUGAUGAUCAUGAGCAAUCCGGAGACACAUCACCUAGUGAUCCAGAUAAGGAAAUGGCUUUCAUAUUAACCAAGGAUGCACAUAUCACCCUUGUGGAUAGUAGUAGUGGUAAUAAGAUCUGCUCUCAAUUGGUAAACCCGAAGGAGUCCGCUGCAAUAUCAAUAUCCUUGUUAGAUGAAAAAUAUUCUGUUCGAGGAUUAUCUGAGGAGAAUCCCGUGAACUCAGCACAGGAUUUGACCGAUAGAAAAGAGUCUUUACAGUCCAGUACUGAGCCAGAAAGUGAUUCAACUGAAACUGAAGUAACUACCUUAAGUGAAGACACUGAAUUGUGGAAGAAUUUUGUAGACUCACUCAUUUUAGUUUGUUGUGAAGAUUCAAUGCUUUUAUACUCAACCAAGUCUCUAAUUCAGGGAGAACCAAAUUUCAUCAGAAAGGUUGAUUUAGAGAAACAAUGCUCCUGGAUGACAACUUUUAAGAAAAAUGAUAUGGAAUCUGGAGUUGUUUUAGUUUAUUCAACCGGAGAUGUUGAGAUCAGGUCCUUGCCAGAUCUUAAAGUGCUGGCAGAAACUUCUUUAAUGUCCAUCCUCAGAUGGAACUUCAAGAAUAACAUGGAAAACACAAUGAGCUCUUUUGGUAAUGGGCACAUAACUAUGGUGUACGGUUGUGAAUAUGCUAUUAUAUCUCUUUUCACCUCUGAAAAUGACUUCAGGAUCCCAGAGGCUCUACCGCGCCUUCAUGAUAAAGAUGUUGCAGAAGCUGCAGAGGCUGCUCUUAAAUUUUCUCUAAGCCAGAAGAAUAAACAGACUGCACCAGCAGGAAUACUUGGUGGUGUCAUCAAGGGCAUAAGGAGAGAAAAAGAAAAUGACAAUGCUCAUAUUGAAGAAACUCGGGAUAUCCUUGUUUCUAAGCUAGAAACCUUGUUUUCUAGGACCCCGUUUUCAGUUUCAGAUUUAGAUUUGGAUCUGAGAGAUGACUUUGAUGUGCCAGUCAAAUUAGUUGUAGAAAAAAUUGAGGUCGAACCAAAGUUCCCUGAGCCACCAUCCGAGAAUCGAAGUCAGAUUGAGAAAAAUGAGAAAACAGAGAGGGGGAGAUUAUUUGAAGGUGGCUCUGCUAUUGCAGAACCAAAAGCUAGGACAGCAGAUGAAAUCAAGGCCAAAUAUCGGAAGACAGGGAUGGGGGAUACAUCGGCUAUGGCUCAAGAAGCAAAAGACAAGCUUCUCGAGCGCCAAAUGAAACUUGAGAAACUAAAAGAAAACUCGGAAGAACUGGCAAGUGAGUCCGAAAACUUUGCAUCAUUGGCAGGCGAGCUUGCAAAGCAAAUGGAGAAUCGGAAGUGGUGGCAAUUAUGAAUUAUGUGCCUCAAACUUGGCCUUUAAUUUGAACAAGUGUUUUGCGUACAGAUCAGAUAAGGCAGAUUGAUAUCUCAAACACUUGCAUCAUUUGUUGUAUACUUUUUUUAAUUUAUAGAAAAGUUUGGUUGAUUCAUUUAGGUUAUAUCUUUUGUUUUUGUUGAACAUAGACCCAGAUGAAACAAAUCAAAGACAAGAAAUCGGCUGUGUUGCAUGUUUCGCUUAUUUACCUAACAGUUGUGUCAAAGGUGAUCAUGUUUGUAAGCAUGGUUCCGCUGUAAAUGAGUGAAGUACAAGAACACUAUUAUGUAUCAUAUACAAAAUUGCAUAUUCACGUAAAGGUUAGAUUGUUAAAGAUUA